AUGGCUGCCGAAUCGUCGAGGCCGCGCAAACGUGCACGCCUAGACGCCGCUUCCGCCUCUGGGAGCACGGUUGUGAGCGCAGUGACGGACGACCAAGUGUGGUUUGAUGAUGGAAACAUAGUCAUCGUCGCACAAGGCACCGCCUUUCGAGUCCAUCGUGGGGUCCUCUCACUACACUCGGAGGUGUUUCGCGACAUGUUCACGGUUCCCCCACCCGCCGAUGAUGAGACGAUCGAGGGAUGCCCUGUCGUACGCGUCACCGAUACGGUGCACGAGAUGCGAACCCUGUUGUGGGCCCUUUACUACGGUAGACCCUUUGUCAACAGCAGAGAACCGAUGGAAUUCACGGUCGUCGCAGCUCUGGCUCGACUGGCCCACAAGUAUCAUAUCACCGACCUUCGAAACGAUGCCGUCGCCCGGAUCAAGACUCUGUAUACGGACAAGUUUGAAGACUUCACGAAGCAGCAGCCUCACUCGCAUGAACUGCUGUCCUACAAAAGGCAGGACGCUUUCGAAGCGGUGCAGCUAGCGCAUCUGGUCAACGAGGAAACAAUCCUUCCCGUGGCGCUAUACCUCUGCUGCCAGGCCAGAUUCUUCGAGGACCACACGGCCAUUGCCGAACUCAUGGCACAUCGGGCCGACAUCGACAAAGUGGACCUUCAAGUUCGUGUCUGGGCCGAGGAGGACCUCUCGCGUUGCCUAGUCGCCCGGCCCCGACUCAUGCAAGCCAAGUUCGAAGUAGUAUGCACCACUUUCCAGCAAGGGCUUAGUCCGAGCUGUACUGGCAAGAGGUUGUCACAGUGCGAAGAAGCUCUCCAUCGCGUCAAGGACAACAUUUUAUCGUACGAAGUGGGCAACAAUUACCAUCCAACUCUCGACGUUGACUGCCUGGCGUCUUGUCUGCAGGACGACCCGGUAGGAGAGGAGUUGAGGAGUUUCUGUGCGGAGUGUAUGGCUUUCUUCCGAGAACGUGAUCUUGCGGCACGGAGUUCUGCUUGGGCUCAGUUGCCGCGCUGUUUUGGACUGAACAUAGCAGGAUGGGCGUAG